AUGGAAUUCUUCGCUCUGCCAGCCUAUGAAGAAGCUUUGGAAUGCCCCGUUGUGGAAGUCGGCGGUCUUUUCGACCAGCCGCCGCCACUCUAUUCAGAAGUAGACCCAACUAUUGUAGAGCCGCCAGCUGAAGACGAAGAAGUGCCGGCAUUUGAGCAGGUGACUGCACCAGACAUGCAGUACAACCCGUACGAUCAUGAAGAGGGCUACGAGGCUUGGAACGAUGAAAAGUUAAAAGAAAUGGAAAUAAGCGAUGAAAUGCGGGCCGAGUUUGACAAGAUUGUGAUAGAGAAUAGAAGAGAAGAACUGGAAUCUAGUUCUAGGCUAGACCAGCUUCAAGAAGCGGCUUUAAAGCUUACUUUUGGGUAUCAAUAG